AUGCAAACCUCCGCCGAGCUCACCCGCCGCCGCGGACCACCACCUAUCUUCUCCGUCGCGACAAGCUCCCGAACGCCAGCCCUCUCCUACCUCGAUGCCGCCGACGAACUCCAAACCAUCACCAUCUCCGACCUCACCAAAGGCAAGAAAGCCAUCAUCUUCGCUGUCCCUGGAGCCUUCACCCCAACCUGUUCCCAAAAGCACCUCCCGGGUUUCGUCGAAAAGGCCGGCGAGCUCAAGGCGAAGGGGGUUGAUACGAUUGCUUGCGUCUCAGUCAAUGAUGCCUUUGUGAUGAAGGCGUGGAAGGAGGACCUUAAGAUUGGGGAUGAGGUGCUCAUGCUCUCUGAUGGAAAUGGGGACUUUACGAGAGCGAUUGGGGUCGAGCUUGAUCUUAGUGAUAAGCCGGUGGGGCUCGGGGUUAGGUCAAGGCGAUACGCGCUGCUUGCUGAGGAUGGGGUUGUUAAAGUUCUGAAUUUGGAGGAAGGAGGUGCUUUCACUUUCAGCAGUGCUGAGGAUAUGCUCAAGGCCCUCUGAGGUUUUUACUCCUUUCGGCUUUUGGCUUCUUUGUGAUAGAUAGACUGGUUACUGGUCUGUAUUUGCUUUCAUUUUCUAUCUGAAUAAGGUAUUUAACAUAUCCACACUUGAUCUGGAGUAGGGAUCAUGUGCUACUUAUCUAUUAUAUAAGUGUAGUUUGUUUUUUGAUCCAAGACUGUGUUUUCACUAUGCAUGAGGUUGCCAGUGUUUUAUAUAUAUUUUUUUAACAGAAGGAUAUGUAAAAGAAACACCUAAAUUGAAAAAUAAAAAUGCAAUCAGAAGGAUAUAUGUUUUGUGA